UAUUUUUUGCAGCGCAAGAAGUAAAACUAUGUCAGACUCGGAGGAUGAUUGGUUUAACAAGGACGAAGAUGAAAUUGUACAAGGUUUGCAGAAGCAAGUCCAAGUCAAACAUAAUGACGAAACCUUAAAUGUGGAUAAGGAGGAGCACAUUAAAUGCAGCAAUAUUAUAAAUCAGGACUAUCUGAAUCAACUAAACUUAAGUGCAAGUGCCGUCGACGCCGUUCAAAAAAAGGCCGGUCGUUUUACAGCAAGAGAGUUCGAAAAAGCUUUAAAACUAUCCCCACUAGACAUGUUUCUUUACUUUAUGGCAGAGGACCGCAACAUUUUUGCCGAUCAGAUAGCCACUAAUGAUUCCCAGAAGCGAGUUAUGCAGUAUCUAGAUAUUCUAUCGGUACUCGGCAAAUUGGAGUUAGCAGGCUUCGAUGGUCAGAUACUGUCGUCGAUAGCCACGCAGGUGCCGUUACUGGAGCAGCUAAAACGCUUUUCAGUAAGAAUGUUUGCGCCCAGUCAAAAAGGCGGCUGGGAUGCUGAAUCGGAGCUGAUGAUGCGGAACAUGAAAUGGCUGUUGGUGCGGGCUCACAAGUGUGGGCUUUUAACUAGCCAGGGCUACGAAUUUUUGGGCUUGUUGAAAACAAUGUUGACGCAAUGUCGGUUGCCACAAAUUCUAGAACAUCCCUUGUGCAUCGAACUGGCGCAGGAAUUUAAAGCAUGCGACAUUGUGCCUGGUAAACAACCAGAGGGCUGCGCCGCAUUACCAAUCCAUGUUAGAGCAAAGGAUGAGAUAUAUCCUACUCGGGAAGACCUUUUGCGAUCCGAAGCUGAGGAUGUUGUCAAUGCCACUGGACCUGUCCAAUCAGGCGACGUUAUAGGUUAUAUAAGAAAACAACGUUUGCUUUUACAAGAAGAUUUUUUCCUCCCGCUGCGGGAUUUGGUUAGAAUGAUACGUUCCGGAACAGAAGAAAAUUUGAGCGAGUUGCAGAAUCAGGGUCUGAUGUGCAGAGAUACACAGAUAUUUCUAAACCCUGAUUUUGCAAAUGCGCAGCGUCGUGGUCUAAUUUUCGUAGACUUUUUCAGCAAGAAGCGCCAAUCCAAUAAACGACUGAAUAAAUUAAAACUCCAUUUUGUGGAGAACCUAAAAACAGGUGCCUUGCUCUGCUUUACGAGUACCAACGAGUUGGAGAAUCUUAUUUUGGCCACAGUCACAUACACAGAACCGGCUAUUCUUCGGGAAGGUUACGUUGGCGUGGAAAUUGUAAACCAAUACAACAUCGGCCAUAUCUACAACAAGCCCCUUAUAAUGUUCCAAGCGCCGGCAUUUUUUGAACCUUAUCAACGGGUGUUUAGUUACCUGAGUACAUGCAGCAUUGAAAACUUUCCAAUGUCUCGCUAUAUAGUAGAUGGACAGUUGAAAACAAAUCCGCCAGCAUACUUCAAGUCUAACGCUAUGUACACAAAUAAUGGAUCCGCAUUCACACCAAGUCGUCUGCCCAAUGAUAUGCCCCUCAAUGGGAAACAGCGUGUCGCUUUUGCCGAUGCGCUCUCCAACGAAUUUUGUCUCAUACAGGGGCCGCCAGGCACUGGCAAAACGCUUCUGUCAGUCGAGAUAGUGAAAACCCUGAUAGAGAAUGCAAAGCAGAUCGACUCCGGACCUAUAAUUGUAUUGGCUUAUACCAACGAUUCACUGGACAAGUUCCUAUUGAAAAUCUCGCAAUAUACGCAUAAGAUCUUGCGCUUCGGCAGCAAGACCCGGCAGCCACAAAUAGCCAAAUUCAAUGUAUUCAACAAUGUCGAUAUAGGACUUGUGCCGCCACGCCUGAAAAGCGUUUGGUGGAUGGUCAGCAAUGAAUAUAAGGAAAGCUUCCAGCGAUUGCAGGAGCUACAAAAGGACUUUGACGGCAGUGAGGAAGCAUAUCAGGAAAUUGUUGCCUCUCAGCAGAAAUUGAAAUUAGUGGCCGAGAAACUAAAUACCGUUCAAGUCAUCUUCCAGUUCUAUGAGGCCAAAGAUACAGCGCUCAUUGCCAUGACCACCACUUGUGCUGCCCGGUUGAAUUUCCUUUUUCGUUUCCUUAAAAGCAAAAUAGUCGUCUUUGAAGAAGCGGCUGAAAUACAGGAAUCACAUGUAGUCGCCUGUUUAACGCAAUAUACGGAGCAUGUCAUCAUGAUUGGAGACCAUAAGCAGCUGCAACCCUACACGGGCAGUCAGGCAAAUCAUGGCUUAAAUGUUUCUCUGUUUGAGCGUCUCAUUCUCGCAGGAUUCCCUGUAACCGUCCUCAAUGUACAGUACCGAAUGCGCAGCUGCAUUGCGUCUCUGCUGGUUCCCACAUUUUACGAUGAACUGGUCUGUGAUGACACAGUUCUUGAAUAUGAAAACGUCCGCAUGAUGUCCAAGAAUCUGUAUUUUGUUACUCACAAUGAGUCGGAAAUGCACCUGUUGGACAUGUCUUUUAGGAACAACUACGAAGCAAGCCAAUUGAUUUCACUGGCGUCGCACCUAAUCAGCGGGGGCAAGUAUAAAAGCAGCGACAUUGUAAUCCUGACACCCUACAACGCUCAAGUGGACUACAUAAAGAGUCUGCUGCCCAAAUCGAUGGCUGUUGCAGUGCAAAGCGUCGACAGUUUUCAGGGAUUGGAGGCUAACAUUGUCUUGCUUUCGUUGGUGCGAAGCAAUAACUCUGGAGUUAUUGGAUUCUUGCGUCAGCCCAAUCGUGUUUGUGUCGCGUUGUCCCGGGCUCGUUGGGCUCUCUAUAUAAUUGGCGACAUGGAGUCACUGAAGAGGGGAAGUAAAAAUCUAUGGACUGUUAUUGAGAAGAAAUUGUUGUCGUUCGAGUGCAUUGGUGAUGAAUUCCCACUUAUUGAAGUUGCCUAACUUGUCGUUACUUAAAGUAUAACUCGUUGGCUCCUAACUCUGGCAAAGGCUAUGAGCCUUCUAAUCAGCCAGUAUUGAAAACAAAACCAAAAAUGGUCAAAGUGAUGUUCAAUUCUAAUUUUAUCUUAAGAAGGACUAGA